AGAAAAUUUCAGAAAAAAUAGUUGGCGCUGAAUGGUCGUGUCGGUCGAUGCGGGGAGCAGCGUCUGCCUCAGCACAUACUUCUUCUGCGGCUUCCUCAACGUGGUCCACAAUUCCUCACUCACGUACACCGCCGCUUCAAUCUAACAUCGAAAAGGUGGGAGAUAUUGUGCGACCGUCUUCAGCGACCGCACUGCUCUCCUCUCUGUCCACCUCAUCGUCAGGCAUCGAAGCGAGUACGUCUUGCGCAAGUACUCCAACAACUGCAAACACGUUGCCACCGCUUAUCGAAGAGUCGUCAGUUGAGGACGAGACGGCUGACGGAGUCGGCAUCGCGACUGAAAAGCUGGUGAAAAGCUUGAUUGUUGUUCCGUCGCCGUCGGACACAGCUCGUGUCACGUCGGCGAUUUCCAAUGAUACAGUGGCGAGUGGAAAGACGAACGAGGAGGAUCGAAAAAGUAUCGAUACCUCCGUAGACCUGAUACAAGAAAGAGAAGAACAAGAAGAUACUGGUGACAAUCAAAUAUCUCAACAAAGCUCUUCUAAAGAUCACGAGUGUCCCGAAAGAGAAGAUUUGAGUAUUCACGAAGAGCCAACAAAUAGCCCAACAAACGACGGAGUGCUUCCGAGUACCUCGUCCGGUAUACCUGCGUCUCCUGCAGACAUGACAGCGUCGUCCCGGAAUCCACUUCGAAAAGUUCGAUAUUCAUUGAGAUUACCAGCCAAAGCCGCACAAAGAUUGAAAAGGAUAGCGAAUUUUCAGCCAGGUUCACUGAGGAGGAUAGGACUGAGUGCUCUGAAAAUUUCCGACAUGGAUUGUUUACGGUUAGCAGACGGAUCUCCCCCUCAGAUUCCAGUUGCAUUAGAAGAUCAUAUAAAUAUUCCGUCAACAUCACAAGAAAAUCCGAGAGAUAUACGAUCAUUGAGCCAUCAACUUCCAAUGAUUCCGCCACAGCAACCACCACCUCCACAAGUGCCUUCACAUAUGCUACCAUCAUCUACGGGACAACCAGGUCAUCCUAGUCAUCACAUGGGUCCUCUAUCUCAGCAAUUACUGCCAUCUGGACCCAACCAAGGGCAUCACAGUUUUCAAGUUAUGGUUAAGCAAGAACCACCAUCACAGUUUACACCUCAACCACAUCCAAUGCAACAGACACCACAGCAGCAGGUACUGCCUCAAUAUCCACCCGGUAUGCAACCACAUCAAAUGCAUCAGAUGCGUCAAAUGACUGCAGAAGAAUAUGCACAAAUGAGAGCACGAGAAGGAUUCAUGGCUGCCCAAAUCAAACAAGAAGUUCCUAGUGGUAGUGGUCAGCCAACUCCUGUUCCCGGAACACCACAACCACAACAGAUCACUCCACAGCCUGGUUCAUUGGGGCCAAUGGGAUCAUUGGGACCUCCAACUGCCCCACCUGGAUCACAACCUAUGAAUCCACAACAGCAAAGGAUACAGCAACAACAACAGGCAGCUCCGUCGGCAUCAAAUAGCCCACUUCUUGUUAACUUACUUUCCAAUCAGCAGCCACCUCAGCAACAGUACAUGUAUCCGGGACCAUCGGCUCAAGGGCUCAGUAUGCAGCAGAUUGCGGCAAUACAACAACAGCAGCAACAUCAGCAGUACCAGCAACGAAUCCUUCAACAGCAACAGCAACAAGCAAUGAUGCAACAGCAACAACAACAAGUACAGCAGCAACAGCAGGCCCCACCACCAACUACUCCGAAUCCGGGGCAUCCUCAAGGAUUCUUUCCGACGAAUCAGGCAGGUCCGCCAGGAACUCCGGGACGCCCCAUUCCUCCGUAUGCAAUGGGUCAACCACCUAUGUAUCAUCAAGCUGGACCACAAGGACAGAUGAUUCAACGGAUGAAUUCUUAUCCUGGUAAUGCACAGCAGUUUCGUCCGCCUCCACAGCAGUCACAACAACCGAUACCACCGCAGCAGCAGCAGCAACCACCUGCGCCUCCUCAACAACUUCAACAACCACCUGUACAGGAUACUUCUGCCGUUGCGGAGCCACCAAAAAAGAAGAAGCGACCCACGAAAAAGCAGAAGGAAGCUGCAGCUGCCGCUGCAUUGGAGCAACAGCAACAACAGCAGCAGCAACAAAUGCAAGCAUAUUAUGGACAGCAGCAACAACAGCAAGAAAGAAUGCAAAUGAUGCAGCAACAGCAACAACAAGGGCAAAUGGUGCAGCAACCGGGAUAUCCAGGACAAGGUUAUCCUGGAAUGCCCCCUCCACAAGGAGCUUUUCCCCCAGGCUAUCUUCCGGGAGGAGCUCAGCCAACACAACAACAAAUAUGGCAGCAACAGCAACAGUUACAACAACAACGAAUGGCAAUGUUCCAACAGCAGCAAGCACAAGGUCAGCAACCCGGUGGUCCACAACAACCAAUGGGACAAUGGCCACAACAACGACAGCUUCCUGUUCCAUACCCACCUGGAAACAAUUCAACGCCGGAUGCUGUAAACCAGCAGCAGAAUCCGAUUCCAGGAGCAACCAUGCAGCACCGAUUGUCUGGAGAGUUUGCACCACCACCUGUUUCGUCUGGAAAAGUACAUCCACAGCAACAGCAGCAAGGAUCUUUUCAUCGAAGUGAUUCGUCGGCAAGCGUCUACUCUGGUAGUCACACACCAUUCGGACAACAAGGUCCAUCUCAAUCUGAACCCACUGCAGUGCCACCAGGUCCACAACAGAAUAAUCCCGGUGGUAGUGGAGAUAUAGGAGAAAAAGCAAUUGUGGAUCAACUAUUAAACUCUUCCGAACCUCUUGCUGAUCUGGGUGAUCUCGGCGACCUAGGUGAUUUGGAUAUAGAACCAAUGGAUGUUCAGGAUGGUCAAACACCGAGUACUUCAAAUGGAGAAAGAAAUGAAAGGAGCGAUCGACUUGCCGCUUCGAUAGAAUUGGUUGUUGAUGAAGUAGCUUCUGGACGAGCUGGUGCAUUUAAUGCGGAGUUGGCUGCAAUCGGUGAACGGCGUGGUAGUGUUCCUAUUCCACUGCCAGCAGCGAGCCCAGGAGGAACUCCCUGCGUUUCAGGAAACUUGUCUCAUGAGCACAACAUGCGAGCACACGCGUUUCAUGGAGCAAAUCGAAUGAUUGAACCAAAUGGAAUUCCGUCUAACGCCAUGAGGCUUGUUAAUGGACAUGAAGCGAAGACCAAUGGUGCACGGCGCCAACAACAGCAGCCACCAUCGUCUCAGCAACAACCACAGUCGCAGCAAGGAGGUAUGAUGCAGCAACAACAACAGCAGCAAAUUAUUAAAGGAGAGGAUGAGACUAAUGAUGCUAAGAUCAUUGAAUUUGCUAAAACGAUCAGUGAAAAGGAUAAGAAGAUCAAAGCAGCGGCUGAGAGUAAAACAAAAGCAAAAGCUACGAGGAAACCACGAACAACGAAAAAGGCAGCUCCAGCUACAAUUGGAAUGCCUCAACCACCUCCACCUUCGCAGAUUCAACAACAAAAUAUGCCUAUGCAGCACCAACAAAUGCAACAACAUCCCAAUGCUCAAAUGAUGAUGCAGCAACAACAUCAACAUCCGGGAGCAGGUGGACAUUUGCAAUUGCAUCCACAAAUGCAUAUGCAGAUGCUUCCACAGCAUCAUCAACAGCAACAACAUCAUGAAGAAAUGAUGAUGAUGCAUCAUCAACAGCAGCAGCAACUCCAGCAACAGCAACAAAUGCAUCAGAUGCCUCUUCAUCACUUGCCACAGCAGCCGCCGCCACCAUCACAGAAUCCUCAAAAUCCUUUACCGCAACCUCCACAAGUUAUGCCUACAACGCCAACUUCAGCAGCUCCCCCACAGCCGCAAUCUCAAAAUUGAGAUUUUGAAUAUCACAAAAGAAGGCCAAAUUGUUAUGAGCGAAAAAUCAUUUUAUCAUGAUUAUCGAUCUUUCCAAUUUUUCUGUCUUAUUCUUGGUUGGCUUCAUGUCUUCAAAUCCACCUACUCAUCUCCUUUGCUCAGUUUGCUCAAUGUCUUUUGUUACUGUUUUCCGGUGCUCUCUUUUAAUUAAAGGUAGCUUAGUCUCAUCAGAGAAUACGUUUCUCAACUUGAAAAGAACAGAUGUUUGCAAAUUUUCCAUUAAUGGUCGCUCAAUUUUCAGUAUUUUCAACAAAAAGCUGGACACCUUUUUAUUUUUUCUAAAUGUACAUAAUUCUGCGUUUUUGAAAAAAUUGCAAAUGUUCAGUAGAUUUUUUUGGUGCAAUGAGAAGUAGUAUUCUUUGUUGAAACUUUCUUUAAACCAAUCUCUAUUGUGCAUCUCUCUGCUGGCUCUAGUCUGUUACCGUAUCCCGCUCUUUUUUUGGUUUACAAAAGUGCUAAAGUGUUUGGAAUUUUCAAUUGUAAAUUAACCUCCCCUCGCUCUCUUCAUUACCGGUUCUCUCUCUGAACUCUUUUAAAUUAAUAUUUCCAUUCUUGUGUUUUAAUUUUAAUUUGUAUUAUUAUCGAUUCAUGAUUUUUGGCUGAAAGUCUUUGUCCCACCCACCAAUAAUCUUGUAUCAUCAUUCACCACCGACUUGAUCCUCACCAGUUUUUCACACAUUUUCCCACAUCCAAAACAUUUUUUUUGGUUUUCUCGAACUUUUACCACAAUUGCUCAAUUCACACUCACUCGUCUAACCCUCUUCAUUUUGAUAUCUCUAACCUUAAAAAUGUCU